AUGGCCUCGGCAGAGGGAAGCGAGGUGUCCGAGCUCAUCGCCGGGAACAGGAAGGACGCCGCCGUCAAGGGGAACUCGUCCUCGGGGAUGGCGUGCGAGCUCCUUCAGAGGGCCGACACGAAGCCCCUUGACGAGCGCCGCUGCGUCAAGCACGCGCUCGAGCUCAGGGAGGCCGCCACCACUGCGGGUUUCCUUCCCUUCAUGUGCCAGGGACCUGAGAUGCCCUUGGUUCAUACCCUGGACAUGAACGUGUUUACCAAGUUGAAGGAGAAGGAUGCCACCGCCACCAAAGGCUACCCUGCUGCUGUGGUCCAGGGACCGGAGGUGCCCCUGGUCCAUACCCUGGAGCUGAAGCAGGCUAACUACCUUGCCGCCAUGCGUCAGGGACUGCAGGUGCACCGUACCCUGGAGCUUAACACACUGAAGCCCGCUGAGUACCUUUCCUCCAUGCGCCAGGGACCAGAGCCACUGACGCUCAUCCCUUGUGCCCUUGUACGCACGAUCCCUCGCUGUCUUCCCCAGUCAAUCCCUAAGCAUGUGCCUGCGCCGGGAAACCUGGUCAUCGAGGAUGUGGAGAAGACUGCGCUCGGGGUUCAAGACAAACUCAGGCAGAAAGGAGGACCUGAGUACUGUAUGCGCACCAUCAGGGCAACGGUUGAAAUCUUGAAGGAGAAGCAAGAGAAGGCGUUGCGCAGGCAAUCUUUGUUGAAGAAGUUCAAGGCAUGGGCAGAUGACACCUCCAGGGGGUUUACCUUCUAUUCGAUCGGGGAAAAGGUACUUCAAGUUUGGGACAAGUACUUCCCGAAGUAG